CGGGCUGCCCUAUAUGGCUGUGGAUGAGCUCUCUGCUAAUAUCGGCUUGAGAGGCACAGCAUCGCGUUUCUGCCGGCAGUCAGUGGUGGCUUCCAGAGUCUGAGCAGGCUCCUUCACAGCCAUGGCUGAGGGCGGAGAAGGGGAAGAUGAGAUCCAGUUCUUGAGAACUGAUGAUGAGGUGGUGCUCCAGAGUGUGGCCACCAUCCAGAAGGAGCAUCGCAAGUUCUGCCUGGCCGCGGAGGGACUUGGAAACCGUCUGUGUUACCUGGAAUCUACAUCGGAAGCUAAGUAUGUUCCUCCAGACCUGUGUAUCUGUAACUUUGUGUUGGAGCAGUCCCUGUCAGUGCGGGCCCUGCAGGAGAUGCUGGCGAACACCGGGCAGAACAGUGAAGGGAGUGCUGACCAUGAAAAAUGGAGGUUGAUUAAAAAGGCGGGUCAAGGGGGUGGACACCGUACCCUGCUCUACGGUCACGCAAUCCUCCUUCGCCACUCCUUCAGUGGUAUGUAUCUGACCUGUUUGAAGACAUCGCGGUCUCUGACAGACAAGUUGUCAUUUGAUGUUGGACUACAAGAGGAUUCAAUAGGUGAGUCCUGCUGGUGGACUAUACACCCUGCAUCCAAGCAGAGAUCUGAGGGUGAGAAAGUUCGUAUCGGAGAUGACCUGAUCCUUGUCAGUGUGUCCACGGAGAGAUACCUGCACCUCUCCAUCUCCAAUGGAAACUUCCAGGUGGACGCUUCCUUCAUGCAGACCCUGUGGAACGUUCAGCCUACCUGCUCUUCAAGCAACAUGGCUGUAGGGUAUUUAAUUGGUGGACAUGUCAUGCGUCUCUGUCAUGGACACGAUGAGAGUUUGACCAUCCCUGGAGCAGAUAAGAGUGAAGAGGAGCAGAGGAUAGUCAACUAUGAAGCGGGUAAAGGAGCGUCAAAGGCCCGCUCAUUGUGGAGACUGGAGCCUCUGAGGAUCAGCUGGAGUGGUAGCCACAUCCGUUGGGGCCAGGCUUUCCGACUUAGACAUCUCUCUACUGGCCAUUACCUGGCCCUGACAGAGGACCGUGGACUGGUUCUGCAAGACCAAGAGAAAUCCGACACCAAGGCGACCGCGUUCUGCUUCAGGCCCUCCAAGGAAAAAGGUGACUCUGGCCCGAAGCGGGACAUCGAUGGCAUGGGGGUUCCUGAAAUCAAGUACGGAGACUCUGUCUGCUUCGUCAUGCAUGUGGCGACGGGACUGUGGCUGUCCUACCAGGCGCCUGAUGCCAAAUCGUCUCGUCUGGGCCCCCUGAAAAGAAGGGCCUGCCUGCAUUCUGAAGGCCACAUGGAUGAUGGGCUGAUCCUCCAGCGCUGUCAGCAUGAGGAGUCUCGGGCUGCACGAAUCAUCCGCAACACCACGUUCCUCUUCACCAACUUCAUCAAAGCUUUGGACAGCACAACUGAGGGGGAGUCCACGGCAGUGGCCGGGUAUGUUGAAGAGGUGCUUCAGACGCUGAACGAUCUGAUCGAAUACUUCAAGCAGCCAGAUUCAGAGCUGGAGCACGAGGAGAAACAGUGCCUCCUCCGUUCACUCAUCAAACGUCAAGACCUCUUCAAAGAGGAGGGCAUGCUAAGCCUGCUGUCCAAAUGCAUUGACCGGAUGAACCUGUACGACAGCGCUGCCCAGUUUGGGGAGAUGGCUGGGGAGGAGGCAGGGGCAGCGUGGAAGGAUAUUCUCAACCUACUUUAUGAACUCCUCGCUGCACUGAUUCGUGGGAAUAGGAACAACUGUACCCAGUUUUCCCGGAACUUGGACUGGUUGGUCAGCAAACUGGAGAGACUGGAGUCUUCAUCAGGAAUUCUGGAAGUCCUCCACUGUAUCUUGGUAGAAAGCCCGGAGGCUCUGAACAUCAUCCAGAGAGGGCACAUUAAAUCCAUCAUCUCACUGCUCUACAAGCAUGGGCGCAACCACAAGAUCUUGGACGUCUUGUGUUCCCUCUGUGUUUGUAAUGGUGUGGCUGUAAGAGCCAAUCAGAAUCUUAUCUGUGAUCACCUGCUUCCCAGGAGGGACCUGUUGCUUCAGACACGACUAGUUAAUGAUGUUCAGAGUAUGAGGCCAAACAUCUUCCUGGGGAUGGCUGAAGGCUCAGCUCAGUAUAAGAAGUGGUAUUUUGAGCUGGUGAUAGACCAGGUGGACCACUUUGUCACUGGAGAGCCGACCCACCUGAGAGUCGGCUGGGCCAACACUAAAGGCUAUGCUCCGUAUCCUGGUGGAGGAGAGGGAUGGGGAGGAAAUGGUGUCGGGGAUGACUUGUACUCCUACAGCUUUGAUGGGCUUCAUCUCUGGUCAGGCCGAAUCCCCAGGGCCGUGGCCUCCAUUAACCAGCACCUGCUGAACUCAGACGAUGUGGUCAGCUGCUGUCUGGAUCUGGGCGCUCCCAGCAUGUCCUUCAGGAUCAACGGCCAGCCUGUCCAGGGCAUGUUCGAGGACUUCAACACCGAAGGGUUCUUCUUCCCCGUCGUCAGUUUCUCUGCAGGUGUUAAGGUUCGUUUCCUACUGGGUGGACGCCAUGGAGAUUUUAAGUUUCUGCCCCCCGCUGGUUACUCUCCUUGCUAUGAAGCGUUGCUGCCCAAGGAGAAGAUGCAUGUAGAGCCUGUGAAGGAGUACAAGAGGGACCAUGAGGGGGUCCGUGACCUGCUGGGAACUACCCAGUUCCUCUCUCAAGCCUCUUACAUCCCCACUCCUGUUGACACCAGCCAGGUUGUUCUUCCCCCUCACCUGGACAACGUCCGGGACAAGCUGGCGGAAAAUAUCCAUGAACUGUGGGGGAUGAACAAGAUUGAACUGGGUUGGACCUAUGGCAAGGUUCGUGAUGACAACAAGAGGCAGCACCCUUGCCUUGUGGAUUUUGCCAAGCUGCCUGAAACUGAAAGGAACUACAAUCUGCAAAUGUCUAGUGAAACACUUAAAACCCUGUUGGCACUGGGAUGCCAUGUUGCCCAGGUCAAUGUUCAUGCUGAGGACGAUCUGAAGAAAAUCAAACUGCCUAAAGACUACAUGAUGUCUAAUGGAUACAAGCCUGCGCCACUGGAACUUUCUGACGUGAAACUGAAUGCAGGUCAGGAGGUUCUAGUAGAUAAACUGGCCGAGAAUGCACACAAUGUGUGGGCCAAAGACAGAAUUAAACAAGGAUGGACCUAUGGCAUCCAGCAGGAUUUGAAGAGCAGGCGUAAUCCUCGCCUGGUGCCAUAUGCUUUACUGGACGAGCGCACAAAGAAAUCUAACCGAGACAGUCUGAGAGAGGCCAUCAGGACCCUGGUUGGAUACGGAUAUGACAUUGACCCGCCAGAUCAGGAAGCUCCUCAUGCGACGGAUGAUCAAAGCGUGGAGACCAUCCGCUUCUUCCGUGUGGAGCAGACGUACGCAGUGAAGACGGGGAAAUGGUAUUUUGAGUUUGAGGCCUUAAGUGGAGGUGAUAUGAGGGUCGGCUGGGCCAGACCAGGCUGCAGACCUGAUGUUGAACUCGGAACAGACGACCAGGCCUAUGUCUUCGAUGGAUACAGGGGUCGACGUAUGCAUGCAGGCAGCCGCUACUUCGGCCUUCCCUGGAAGAAGGGCGAUGUGGUUGGUUGCAUGAUCAAUAUGGAGGACAAAUCCAUGAUUUUCACUUUGAAUGGAGAGCUGCUCAUCACCAACAAAGGCUCUGAGCUUUGCUUCGCUGACUUUGAGACCGAGGACGGUUUCAUCCCUGUGUGUAGCAUGGGACUGUCACAGAUAGGCCGUAUGAACCUGGGUAAGGACGCCAGCACGUUUAAGUACUACACCAUGUGUGGUCUCCAGGAGGGCUUCGAACCCUUCGCUGUUAACAUGAACCGAGAGAUCACCAUGUGGUUCAGCAAACGCCUGCCCACCUUCGUCAAUGUCCCAGAAGACCACAUGCACAUAGAGGUGACGAGGAUCGACGGAACAGUAGACAGCCCCCCCUGCCUCAAAGUCACUCACAAGACAUUCGGCACCCAGAACAGCAACAAUGACAUGGUUUACUGCAAACUGAGCAUGCCUGUGGAGUUCUACUCUGCCGACAUGAUACUGGACGAGUCGCUGAAACUCAGCCAACCUCCAAAAGAAGAUGGAAGUGUUGACUACGGAAGCAUCACAACUUAUUACCAUUCAGUGAGAGUGUUUGCUGGACAGGACCCUGCAUCUGUGUGGGUGGGCUGGGUCACGCCUGAUUAUCAUUACUACAGCAAGAACUUCAGCCUCAACAAGACGCGAACCGUCACCGUCACCCUGGGAGACGAGAGAGGACGCGUCCAUGAGAGUGUCCAGAGGAGUAACUGUUACAUGGUGUGUGGAUCAGACGCUGUCGGCCAGUCGUCCUCCGGCCGCUCCAACUCUGACCUGGAGAUUGGCUGUCUGAUCGACCUGGCCACCGGCCUUGUCUCCUUCACUGCCAACGGCAAGGAGCUGCCAACAUCAUAUCAGGUGGAACCGAAUACCAAGCUGUUCCCCGCUGUGUUUGCACGUCCCACGAGUGCAAACCUCUUCCAGUUCGAAUUUGUCAAGAUCAAGGAUGCCAUGCCGCUCUCAUCUGCCAUAUUUAAAAGCGAGCACAGAAACCCGGUGCCUCAGUGUCCGCCACGGUUGGAUGUUCAGACCAUCGUGGCUGUGCUGUGGAGCCGAAUGCCGAACACCUUCCUCAAUGUGGAGACGGCUCGAGUCAGCGAGAGACACGGUUGGGUGGUCCAGUGUCUGGAGCCUCUGCAGAUGAUGGCUGUACAUAUUCCAGAGGAGAACAGGUGUUUGGACAUCCUGGAGUUAUCUGAGCUUGAAGACUUGAGGAAGUUCCACUACCACACGUUGAAGCUGUACUGUGCCCUCUGUGCCCUGGGAAACACCCGUGUGGCUCAUGCCCUCUGCAGUCAUCUGGACCAAUCACAGCUCCUCUACACCAUCGACAACCAGUAUCUGUCUGGCAUGUUGAGGGAGGGCUUCUACAAUGUCCUCAUGAGUAUCCAUCUUGAGACAGCAAAGGAGGCACGUCUUAUGAUGAACAACGAGUUUAUUAUCCCAGUGACGGACGAGACGCGCUCCAUCAAGCUGUUUCCUGAUGAGUCAAAGAAGCAUUCGCUGCCCGGCGUCGGCCUGAGCACCUCCCUCAAACCUCGCGUCAACUUCUCCCCCGUGGGCAUCAUCAGCAUGAAGCGCCAGCAGUACAUCUACAGCCCCCAGAUCCCGCUGGGCGUGCUGAAGGAGAAGGCCAUCAGCAUGCUCACGGAGGCCGUGCAGGGCGGAGGCACCCACAUCCGAGACCCGGUGGGUGGCAGCGUGGAAUACCAGUUCGUCCCCAUCCUCAAACUGAUCGGAACACUGUUGAUUAUGGGAGUCCUGACCAGUGACGAGGUCCGACUGAUCCUCCUCCUGAUCGACCCCAAUGUGUUCGGCGAGGCGAAGGAGGCCGAGGAGGCAAAGGGGGAUGAGGUUGCUGUGGCAGGGGAGAAGGAGGAAGUAAGCAAGAAUGAGGAGAAGGCCGUGGAGGCAGGAGAGGAGGAGACGAAGGAGAGUAAAGCUCCAGUGAAGGGUCUGUUGGAGAAGUCACUGCCAGAGUCUGUCAAACGCCAGAUGUGCGAGCUGCUGCACUACUUCUGUGACUGUGAGCUGAAGCACCGCAUUGAGUCCAUUGUCUCCUUCUCCGAUAGCUUUGUGUCCAAGCUGCAGUUCAACCAAAAAUUCCGCUACAAUGAACUGAUGCUGGCGCUCAACAUGUCCGCCGCUGUUACCGCCAAGAAGACCAAAGAGUUCCGUUCCCCCCCGCAGGAGCAGAUCAACAUCCUGUUGAAUUUCAGUGCUGGGGAGGACUGCCCCUGCCCGGAGGAAAUCCAAGAUGAACUCAAUGCCUUCCACGAAGAACUGCGACUGCACUGUGGAAUCCCAGUGGAGGAGGAAGAGGAAGAGCAGGAUACCUCAAUAAAAGGCCGACUGCUGGCUCUGCUCUACAAGAUCAAGGGUCCGCCUCAGAAGCAAGAAGAGGAACCAACUGAGAAGGAACAGGCUGAUCCCACCAACCUAAAGGAACUGAUCUCCCAGACCAUAACCAGUUGGGCCCAGGAGUCUCACAUCCAGGACCCAGAGCUGGUCAGAGUGAUGUUCAGCCUCCUGAGGCGACAGUAUGACGGCAUUGGAGAGCUGCUCCGGGCUAUGAAGAAGUCAUACACCAUCAGCGCUGCGUCUGUGCAGGAUGCUAUUAAUCUGUUGGCGUCUUUGGGCCAGAUCCGGUCUUUACUGUCAGUACGUAUGGGCAACGAGGAGGAGAAACUCAUGAUCGAUGGACUUGGCGACAUCAUGAACAAUAAAGUUUUCUACCAGCAUCCGAACCUGAUGAGAGUGCUGGGCAUGCACGAGACGGUCAUGGAGGUCAUGGUCAAUGUGCUGGGAGGAGACAAGUCCCAGGAAAUUGCCUUCCCAAAGAUGGUCGCCAGCUGUUGUCGCUUCUUGUGCUACUUCUGCCGUAUCAGCCGCCAAAAUCAGAAAGCCAUGUUUGACCACCUGAGUUAUCUGCUGGAGAACAGCAGCGUCGGACUGGCAUCUGAGGCUAUGCGAGGCUCCACUCCAUUGGAUGUGGCAGCUUCCUCUGUGAUGGACAACAACGGCCUGGCUCUGGCCUUAGAGGAGCCGGAUCUGGAGAAGGUGGUGACAUACCUGGCAGGCUGCGGUCUUCAGAGCUGUGCCAUGCUGGUUGCUAAGGGUUACCCCGACCUGGGCUGGAACCCCAUCGAGGGAGAGCGCUACCUGUCCUUCCUGAGGUUCGCCGUCUUCUGCAACGGUGAGAGCGUGGAGGAAAACGCUAACGUGGUGGUGAAGCUGCUGAUCAGACGUCCUGAGUGUUUCGGACCCGCCCUCAGAGGAGAGGGUGGACAGGGUCUGCUGGCUGCCAUGCAGGAGGCCAUCAAGAUCUCUGAGGAUCCAGCCCUGGACCUUCCAAAAAGUUCUGCUGGAGUCACUGCAGCGUCUGGUGAGGAGGAGGGAGAAAUUAUCCACAUGGGCAAUGCCAUCAUGUCCUUCUACUCAGCUCUUAUUGACCUGUUGGGACGUUGUGCUCCAGAGAUGCAUCUUAUCAAUGCGGGUAAAGGCGAGGCUCUGCGUAUUCGAGCCAUUCUGCGCUCCCUGGUUCCCACUACAGACCUGGUUGGAGUCAUCAGUAUCCCUCUCAACAUGCCUGUGGUUAAUAAAGAUGGUACCGUGACUGAACCGGAUAUGUCAGCCUGUUUCUGUCCGGACCACAAGGCUCCCAUGGUGCUCUUCCUAGACAGAGUGUACGGUAUCGAGGACCAGGGCUUCCUGCUGCAACUGCUGGAGGUCGGCUUUCUGCCUGACCUCCGAGCUUCAGCAUCUCUGGACACGGAGGUGUUGAGCACCACAGAGACUGCAUUGGCCAUGAACAGAUACAUCGGUUCUGCUCUGCUGCCUCUGCUGACCCGCUGCGCCGCUCUGUUCGCCAGCACCGAACACCACGCACAGCUGGUCGACUCCACGCUGCAGACCAUCUACCGACUGUCCAAAGGCCGUUCUCUCACCAAAGCCCAAAGAGACGCCAUUGAGGAAUGUCUGCUGGCUAUCUGCAAACAUCUGCGUCCAUCCAUGAUGCAACAACUGCUGAGAAGGCUGGUAUUUGAUGUUCCCCUGCUCACUGAUUACUGCAAGAUACCACUCAAGCUGCUCACCAACCACUAUGAACAGAACUGGAAAUACUACUGCCUGCCAUCUGGUAUGGGCAGCUUCGGCAUAGCUUCAGAGGAAGAGCUCCUCCUGACUAAGAAACUCUUCUGGGGAAUCUUUGACUCUCUUUCUCAGAAGAAAUAUGAUGCUGAACUUUUUAAAAUGGCAAAGUCAUGCCUGUGUGCCGUCGCUGGAGCCUUGCCACCUGAUUUUGUGGACGCUAGCCUUGGAGCAACGCUGGAGAAGCAGGCAUCAGUGGAUGCACAGGGCAACUUUGACCCCAAACCCAUCAACACUGCCAAUAUCUCCCUUCCUGAAAAACUUGAGUACAUUGCCAACAAAUAUGCAGAGCAUUCCCAUGACAAGUGGUCCUCAGAGAAGGUAUCAGCAGGCUGGAAACUUGGAGACAGCAUUGAUGAACAAGCCAAAAGCCAUCCUCUGCUGAAGCCUUAUAAAGCUCUGAGUGAGAAGGAGAGAGAAACAUAUCGCUGGCCAGUGAAGGAGUCACUGAAGAGCAUGCUGGCUAUGGGUUGGAACAUUGAGAGGACCAAGGAGGGAGAAGCCAUGUUCCAACAGCGAGAAAGUGAAAAACAGAGAAAGAUAUCAGAGUCUCAGGUUAAUGGAUUCAGUCCUGCUCCAAUGGACCUGCACAAUGUCACUUUGUCAAGAGAGUUACAGGGCAUGGUUGAGGUGGUUGCAGAAAAUUACCACAACAUCUGGGCGAAGAAGAAGAAGUCUGAGCUCAUUAGCAAAGGAGGAGGGACCCAUCCACUGCUGGUUCCCUAUGACACCCUGACCGCUAAAGAGAAGUACAGAGACCGAGAAAAGGCCCAAGAGCUCUUCAAGUUCCUGCAGAUCAGCGGCUACGCCAUCACGAGAGGUCUGAAAGACAUGGAGCAGGACUCAUCAUCCAUGGAGAAACGCUUCGCCUUCAAGUUCCUCAAGAGGCUGCUAAAGUAUGUUGACUCUGCUCAGGAGUUCAUCGCUCAUCUUGAGGCUAUGGCCACCAGUGGAAAAACGGACAAAUCACCUCACGACCAGGAAAUCAAGUUCUUUGCCAAGGUGCUGCUUCCUUUAAUAGAUCAAACCUUAAAGAACCACUGUCUUUACUUCCUGUCCACGCCCAGCAAAAACCUGAGCAGCUGUGGAUGUGCCUCCAACAAAGAGAAGGAGAUGGUCACCAGCCUGUUCUGUAAGCUGGCAGCUCUUGUCAGACACAGGAUUUCUCUCUUUGGAAGCGACUCUGCUAUGAUGGUGAGCUGUCUGCACAUCCUCACACGCUCACUCGACACAAGAACGGUGAUGAAAUCUGGAUCAGAGCUGGUCAAAGCUGGAUUUCGGGCAUUCUUUGAGAAUGCAGCAGAGGAUCUAGAGAAACUAGUGGAGAUGUUAAAACUGGGGAAGUUCAUGCAGUCACGUGCCCAGAUGAAGAGCAUGACCCAGGGCAUUAACUACGUGACAGUGGCGCUGCUGCCCAUCCUCACUGCUCUGUUUGACCACAUCAGAACAUACGAGUUUGGAGUAGACCUACUGUUGAAUGAUGUGCAGCUGUCCUGCUACAGAAUCCUCACCUGUUUCUAUUCUCUGGGAACAGGAAAGAUCAUCUUUGUGGAGAGACAUCUGCCGGCGAUUGGUGAGAGCCUAGCGACUCUGGUGGGGGCCAUGCCGGUGGCAUUCCUGGAACCCCACCUGAACGCCCACAACCCCCUCUCUGUCUUCAACACCAAGACCCCCAGAGAGAGGGCCAUCCUCAGUAUGCCUGACACAGUGGAGGAGAUGUGUCCAGAGAUGCCACGUUUGGACCGACUGCUCAAAGAUGUCCACGAUGUCUCAGAAUCUGGUGCACGCUACAGCGACAUGCCACAGGUCAUUGAGGUGAUCCUCCCCAUGCUGUGUAACUACCUGUCAUACUGGUGGGAGAAAGGUCCGGAGAACUCGCCUCCGGAUGCCCAGUGCUGCACGAUGGUGACCUCAGAACACCUCAGCAUCAUCCUGGGAAACAUCCUCAGGAUCCUGAACAACAACUUGGGCAUUGAUGACGCACCGUGGAUGAAGAGGAUUGCAGUCUACUCUCAGCCAAUCAUCUGCAAAGCCGGGGCAGAUCUGCUGAAAGGCCACUUCCUGCCCACACUGGACAAACUGAGGAAGAAGACAGUGAAGGUUGUGGCUGAGGAGGAGCAGCUGAAGGCUGACAGUAAAGGAGACAACCAAGAGGCCGAGCUGCUCAUCCUGGAUGAGUUCGCUGUGCUCUGCAGGGACCUUUACGCUUUCUACCCCAUGCUCAUCCGUUACGUGGACAACAACAGAUCCAGAUGGCUGAAGGAACCUGAUGCAGACUCCACUGAACUAUUCAGGAUGGUGGCUGAGAUCUUCAUCCUCUGGUGCAAGUCCCAUAACUUUAAGCGUGAGGAGCAAAACUUUGUCGUACAGAACGAGAUCAACAAUUUGGGCUUUUUAACCGGAGAAGGCAAGACGAAGAUGUCGAAGUCAGGAGGUGACCAGGAGAGGAAACACAAGCGGCGCCGUGGUGAAUACUACUCCAUCCAGACGUCUCUGAUUGUCGCUGCUUUGAAGAAGAUGCUGCCUAUUGGCCUCAACAUGUGCACACCAGGAGACCAGGAGCUCAUCUCCUUGGCCAAGAUCCGCUACAGUUUGAAAGACACAGAUGAUGAAGUGAAGGAGCACUUGCGUCAUAAUCUCCAUCUCCAGGACAAGUCUGAUGACCCCGCAGUCCAGUGGCAGUUGAAUCUGUACAAGGACGUGGUGGUGAAGAGUGAAGAACCUGCAGACCCAGAACACAAUGUGGACCGGGUUCAGAGCAUCUCUGCUGCCGUUUUCCACCUGGAGCAGGUUGAGCAGCCUCUGAGGAAUAAGAAGUGUGUUUGGCACAAGCUGCUGUCCAAACAGCGUAAGCGUGCAGUUGUGGCUUGUUUCCGCAUGGCUCCACUCUAUAACCUACCCAGGCAUCGCGCUAUCAACUUCUUCAUCCCGGCCUAUCAGAGACUUUGGAUAGAGGCAGAGGAGUACUCCUUUGAGGAGAAGCUAGUUCAGGAUCUGGCAAAAACGCCUAUGAAGAUUGUGGAGGAGGAGGAAGAGGAGGUGGCUGACAUCCAGCCAGACCCUCUGCAACAGCUCAUCCUCCACUUCAGCCACAACGCUCUGACAGAGAGAAGUCACUUGGAAGAAGAUCCUUUGUAUAUUGCAUAUGCAGACAUGAUGGCAAAGAGCUGUGCAGAAGAUGAGGAAGAAGAAGAGGAGGAAGGAAAAGAGAAGACAUUUGAGGAAAAAGAGAUGGAAAAGCAGAAGAUCCUGUAUCAGCAGGCGAGGCUGCACGCCCGUGGGGCUGCUGAGAUGGUGCUGCAGAUGAUCAGCGCCAGUAAAGGUCGACUGGGCCCCAUGGUGACCUGCACCCUAAAACUGGGCAUCUCCAUCCUAAAUGGAGGCAACGUGCAAGUUCAGCAGAAAAUGCUUGAUUACCUGAAAGAAAAAAGAGACGCAGGCUUUUUCAAGAGUCUCUCAGGACUGAUGCAGUCAUGCAGUGUCCUGGACUUGAAUGCAUUUGAGAGGCAGAACAAAGCAGAAGGACUUGGCAUGGUGACAGAGGAAGGUUCAAUCCACACUCAGCGGGGUUCCAAAGUGCUGCAGAAUGAUGAGUUUACUAAAGAUCUGUUCCGGUUUUUGCAACUUCUCUGUGAGGGUCACAAUGGAGAUUUCCAGAACUUCCUAAGAACCCAAACUGGAAACACCACCACAGUCAACAUCAUCAUCAGUACUGUGGACUAUCUACUGCGUCUUCAGGAAUCUAUCAGUGACUUCUACUGGUACUACUCUGGCAAAGACGUCAUUGAUGACACUGGAAAGCUCAACUUCUCCAAAGCUUUAAAUGUGGCCAAGCAGAUCUUCAACUCACUGACUGAGUAUAUUCAGGGUCCGUGUAUUGGGAACCAGCAGAGUCUGGCUCACAGCAGACUGUGGGAUGCAGUUGUGGGCUUCUUGCAUGUGUUUGCUAACAUGCAAAUGAAGCUGUCUCAGGAUGCCAGUCAGAUUGAGCUGCUGAAGGAGCUGAUGGAUUUACAAAAGGACAUGGUUGUCAUGUUGCUGUCUCUGCUAGAGGGUAAUGUGGUAAAUGGGACGAUUGGGAAGCAGAUGGUUGACACUCUGGUGGAGUCUUCUAACAAUGUUGAAAUGAUCCUCAAGUUCUUUGACAUGUUCCUCAAGCUGAAGGACCUGACCACCUCGGACAACUUCAAGGAGUACGAUCCCGAGUGUAAGGGUCUGAUUUCAAAGAAGGAGUUCCAGAAGUCCAUGGAGAGCCAGAAGCAGUACACGCAGUCAGAGAUCGAGUUCCUGCUCUCCUGCGCCGAGGCCGAUGAGAACGACAUGUUCAACUACAAGGAGUUCGUGGAGCGCUUCCACGAACCGGCCAAAGACAUCGGCUUCAACGUGGCGGUGCUGCUCACCAACUUGUCUGAACAUAUGCCACAUGACUCUCGACUGGGCAGCUUCCUCGAUCUGGCGGAAAGCGUGCUGAGCUACUUCGAGCCGUAUCUGGGCCGCAUUGAAAUCAUGGGCAGCGCCAAACGCAUCGAGAGGGUGUACUUCGAGAUCAGCGAGUCGAGCCGAGAGCAGUGGGAGAAGCCGCAGGUCAAAGAGUCCAAGCGUCAGUUCAUCUUUGACGUGGUGAACGAGGGUGGCGAGAGCGAGAAGAUGGAGAUGUUUGUGAAUUUCUGCGAGGACACCAUUUUUGAGAUGCAGCUGGCCUCGCAGAUCUCUGAGCCGGAUGUGGUGGAACAGCCCGAGGAGGAGGAAGAGGAGGAAGGACACAGCCUCCUGGAUGAACUGUCCGGGGACGAAGAAGGCGCUCUGGAGUCUGUGUCUGCUUUCACCACCGCGUGCCGUUCAGUCAAGAAGAAGAUCGAAAAUGUGCGACAAAUGUUUUCCGUUAAAAAUAUCCGCAAGCAGUUCAAGAAGGUCAAGAAACUGAGCAUCAGGGAGGUCAUCACUGGGUUCUUCUCUUUCUUCUGGAUGCUCUUCACUGGUUUCUUUAAGGGCAUCUAUGGCCUCAUCUUUGGCUUCUUCCACCUCAUCUGGUCGUCCAUGUUUGGUGGCGGUUUGGUCGAGGGAGCCAAGAACAUUAAGGUGACCGACAUCCUUGGGAACAUGCCCGACCCAACCCAGUUUGGUAUCCAUGGUGAUGUGAUAGAAGGGGAGAAAGUGGAGGCUGUAGAGUCAUCGGGAAGCCUGGACAGCGCUAUGGCACCAUCAGGAGACAUCAUGGAGGCAGAUAUGAUGUUAGAGUUACUAGCAGCGCCCAAGAAGGAAGGAGGAAAACAUGUGGAGCCUGGUCUGGGCGACGUGUCGGAGCUGAGCGAGACAUCUGGUACCGAUCACAAAAAGAAAAAGAAAGCUGCCAUUGAAACCCCAGAGAGCGAACCAGAAAAAGCAGACACGGAGAACAAGGAGAAGGAGGACAAGCCGAAGGAGGAGGAGGAGGCCAAGGAACCGGUGGCGGAGGAGAAACCCAAGGCUCGAUCCAGUCAGCCCAAGGAGGCGGCUCCUGCUUUCAUGUCCAGUAUCUUUGCCAUUCUGGAUGUUUAUAUGAACAAGAUACUGAACUACUUGGCUCGGAACUUCUACAACCUCCGUUUCCUGGCUCUGUUUGUGUGUUUCGCCAUCAACUUCAUUCUGCUCUUCUACAAGGUCACUGGUGAAUCUGAUGAAGAAGCUCCUGAUGAGCAACGCUGGGGCAGUGAGGAUGAGGAGGAAGAUGAUGAGAACACGCUCUUCGACAUGGAUGAGUUUGUGCUUCAGGAGAGCACCGGGUACAUGUUUCCAACGCUUCGCUUCCUAGCUAUUUUCCACACCGUCAUCUCACUCCUCUGUCUGGUCGGAUACUACUGCCUGAAGGUUCCUUUAGUGGUGUUUAAGAGGGAGAAGGAGAUCGCCAGGAAGCUUGAAUUUGAUGGUCUGUACAUCACCGAGCAGCCAUCUGAUGAUGACAUCAAAGGCCAGUGGGAUCGACUCGUCAUUAACACGCCGUCUUUCCCGAGCAACUACUGGGACAAGUUUAUCAAACGCAAGGUGAUCAACAAAUACAGUGACCUGUAUGGAGCUGAACGUAUCGCUGAGCUGUUGGGCCUGGAUAAGAGCGCUCUGGACUUUGACCCCACUGUGGAGACUGUGGAGAAGGAAGCCUCCCUGCUGUCCUGGCUGAGCUCCAUCGAUACCAAGUACCACAUCUGGAAACUGGGCGUGGUUUUGACCGAUAAUUCCUUCCUGUAUCUGAUCUGGUACACUACCAUGUCCAUCUUUGGACACUUCAACAACUUCUUCUUUGCUGCUCAUCUGCUGGACAUCGCCAUGGGCUUCAAGACCCUCCGCACCAUCCUGUCCUCUGUCACUCACAACGGCAAACAGCUUGUGCUGACUGUGGGUCUGCUGGCCGUGGUCGUCUAUCUCUACACCGUGGUGGCCUUCAACUUCUUCAGGAAGUUCUACAAUAAGAGCGAGGAUGAGGACGAGCCCGAUAUGAAAUGUGACGACAUGAUGACGUGCUACAUGUUCCACAUGUAUGUGGGUGUGAGAGCUGGAGGUGGUAUUGGAGACGAGUUGGAGGACCCAGCUGGAGACCCCUAUGAGCUUUACCGCAUCCUCUUUGACAUCACCUUCUUCUUCUUUGUCAUCGUCAUCCUGCUGGCCAUCAUUCAGGGUUUGAUCAUUGAUGCCUUUGGUGAACUGAGAGACCAGCAGGAGCAGGUGAAGGAGGACAUGGAGACCAAAUGCUUCAUCUGCGGUAUUGGGAAUGACUACUUUGAUCGAACGCCUCACGGGUUUGAAACCCAUACCUUACAAGAGCACAACCUUGCCAACUACCUGUUCUUCCUGAUGUACCUGAUUAACAAGGAUGAGACUGAACACACCGGCCAGGAGUCAUAUGUGUGGAAGAUGUACCAGGAGAGAUGCUGGGACUUCUUCCCUACCGGAGACUGCUUCCGGAAGCAAUAUGAGGACCAGUUGGGUUAGAGACGGCAGCCCUGAGUGAGUGCCCCGAACUGCCCUCUCUACUUAUUCUUCGAUCUGAAAGAGACACUGAACUCGACUUCACCCUGUUAACAGAACCUGGACACUCACUGGACUUUCUCUGCUGCUGUGGUGUUAAAAAUGUGAAGUAACAAAUCAUCGUGAAUCCUAACACAAACAUAACUUCUUCAAGGAUCUGAUUUUAAGGCUACUGACUGACUGACUGAUGAUUGGACAUUUCCGGUUUGUGCAUCCUCUUCCACGUAACAGAAAACAGUCACUUGCCACGACGCCUCUUUUAUGCAAAAUCCUUCUUUUGAUUCUUCUUACUCACAUUGCCUUUUCACUUGCUUAACCCCAACCUGUUGCACAAUUUGUUGUGUGUAGACAUUUGAUACACAUGAAGGGUUACAGCAUGACAACUGAAUGUCUGAAUAUGCACAAUUUCUAGAUGAAUGCCAGGAUGUUAGUGUAUUGAUCCAGUCGUCAUCAUCAAAUCAAAUGUGAGACCUGAUUUGCCUUUCAAAGCUGGUUGAAAUCUGUCGAAUGAAAUGUUGAGUCACCUCUGGUCUUGGAUGUUUUUGUUCUUUUUUCAAGGACCAGAGAUGACUUGCAGAGGUGUUUAAGUGCCAAAGUGCCUUAUGAGAAACUAUGCAAAAAAAAAAAACAACACAUUUUUGUCCCUCCUGACACAAGCAGUGCUCUAGUUCUGGAUUAGUUACAAGCAGAUUUAGCUGAAGCUAGUUUUGUGGCUUUUAAGUCAAAAAUAGAAACCAUUUGUUGUAUAAAAUCUAGAUAAUCCUUGUGUAAAUGUUGCUUAGUUUGGUUUUGUUCCUGAGCUGUGGUGUCCUGCCCGCCUGCACUUCUUUCCACAGCACACCCACCCCACAAGCUGAGGAGAAGUUAAGAAAAAAAUAAGUUGGUUUAAGGAUUUAUUGAACACUUACAAAAUGGUUACCUGCUAUUGUAUGGCCAUUUGUAUGUAUGUAGAAGCUUUGGUAAAAACUGCGUUUCUUUUGACGAGAGGGAGGAAAUGAAUAAAGUAACUGACGCAA